UCUCAGGCCUCUCAUGGCGGAGGAGAAACCAAAGAGCAAGAUGGCCCUGAGGAAGAAGUCACCGGCAAGGCCGACGACCGUGAACGACGUCCCCGACAAGCUCCUUGAGCUUAUUCUCCUCCACCUCACCUCGCCUCUGUGGAUCAUCCGUGCCGCAGCCGCGUGCAGGCGGUGGCGCCGCAUCCUUACUGGCCGCCUGCACCAGCAGCAUCCACACCCUAUUGCGGGAUAUUACCAUAAUCCGCAGCCGCUGUCAGGUAGCAGCCCUGUAUUUGUCCCCUCCUCACAGGUAAUCGAUUCCGUCGAUCGCCGCCACUUCUCCCUUGAUUUCCUCCCCGCAGGCGGCAGCAAGUCAUGGAAGCUUGUCGACAGCAGGCGCAGCCUCCUCCUCCUCGCUAGAAAGAAGAGUGGGUGGAUGCGCCAUUGCUUCCCUGACCUUGUUGUCUGCGAGCCCUUGACGCGUUUCUACCAAGUUGUACCCUGUCCUAAGGAGAUGAAGCAUCAUGAGUGCCUCGGCGUCUUCUUGAAUGUAUUCGGGAACCGGACAUCAGACUUUGGCGUAGCCUGCGUGCUCUACCAAAGUUACACAGGGGUGUCCGGCGAGGUUGGCACAGUCCGGGCAUGUGUCUUCGGUAGAGGCCGGCGCAGCAUCUGGCGAUGGCGUGUCGGCCGACGAAGUUCUGCCAUUGCUAGCCUCCACCUUAGUGUUCAAGGCAAAGAAGCACUGCAGUUUGUAGGGUGCGCUGUCAACGCUUCGUUUUGCAUUCCGGGUUGUCGAUGGGAUGGAUGACAAGGUGCGCAUUGCCUGUUUGGAGGGAGCCUACCUGAAGGUCUUCUCUAGGAGUUAUUGGAAUGAUGGCAGCAGCGACUGGAUGCUUGAGAAGCAAGUAAAUUUCGCCAUGGCCACCUCUUGGUUUCCUGCAGGGCGCAAGGAGUACUUCGGCAAUGUAGCCGCAAACAUUGUUACGGCCAGUGGCCGUUGUGUCACUCUGGCCUCAAAGGAGGAGAGGUGCCUGGUCUCCGUUGAGCUUGAGACCAUGAGCGUCGAACGCACGAGGAUAGGGAGCAAAAGCCCGGCUGCGGCUUAUCCGUACCAGCUGCCAUGGCCACCGCGCUUCCAUGCUUGUUAAAUAUAAGUGGCGGGGUAAAGGGCCAUGCUAUCAAAAAUUGUACUUGUUAAAUGUUAGUUACACUUCUCAUGGUA